AUGCCUCCAUUGCGGUAUACUACAUUUCGCAAGCAAGCGGAACUCACUAAGGCUCGUCUAUCUCAGCUCGACACUCAAGUCACUGCGCUUCAUACAAUAGGCCCUGAUAAUCUUUCAGAUGUUCAGAUUGAAAAAAUUAAGGUUAUUAAAACAACUGCUAAUAAGAAAAAUACUGAAUUUGAGGCAAUGCUCAACAAACUAUUCAAUUCGGAUCCACUAUCUGAAGACAUUGAUGAUGAUGAGGUCAUUAAACUUCAAGAAAAUAUCAAUGAUUUGUAUUUGAAAAUUCUUAGCGUUUGCGCUGCACUCACUCCGGUUAUUGAGCCUAAACUCGAUCAGUCUCAUUCGAGUAGCAUAGGUCCAACCUCACAUGACUCUGGAGGUUGUGGUGUUCGGUUACCGAGACUUGCUCUCGGAACCUUUUCAGGCAAAACACAUAAUCCUUCUCUGGAAAAUUCUGAUAAAGAGCCACAGACAGCUUUGGUCGGCUUGUCCCACGCCAUUGGUAAUGUUGUGCUGUUAGGUACUGCACUAGUUCAUCUGAGCACUGGUAGUAAAACAAUAGUAGCAAGAGCUGUAUUGGAUAGUGCUGCUCAGCAAACAUUUAUUACAGAAAAUUGUGCUCGUAACCUAGGCCUAGCUUGCAAACUUACUGAAAAUCGAAACAUCGUUGGUAUCUCGUCCACCAUUGUUCCUUCUAAAGGCUUGGUACGUGUAAAUAUAAGCUCUAUUAGUGGCCGAGUGCUUGCUAAGCACCAUCCUGUGGUUAUUCUGGAUAAUAUAACUAGUAACUUGCCCAGAUGCCGUGUUUCCAGGGAAGUUAAGGAAAUUAUGCACAGUCUAGCCCUUGCCGACCCAACGUUUGACGUUCCUUCUCCUGUUGAUAUGUUACUUGGCGCAGAUUUGUUUUCUUACACCCUUAGUGGUAAACCAAUACAUUUAGGCCCAAAUAUGCCUACUGCUCUUUGCACCAUCUUCGGUUACGUUUUGCUAGGACAUGCUCCUGUUCAGUUUGACAGUGAAAGCAAUAGUGCCAAUACUACAGUGAAUCUGUUAACCAUAUCUGAUUUUGACUUGCACAGUGCUGUGCAAAGAUUUUGGACAGCGGAAGUAGUACCAGAUGCUUCGAAGCUAUCCCUAUCUGAUAAUAAGUGUAAUGAACAUUUUUUGGAUACACAUUCUCGUCUUCCCUGUGGGAAAUACCAAGUUCGUCUGCCAUUGAAACAGAACCCCUCAGUUCUAGGCGACUCUACCAAGUCGGCCUACAGUAUUUUUAAAUCCCUGGAAUGUCGUCUUGCUCGCAAUACCGAACUCAAGAAGAGCUACACCGAAUUUAUGGAAGAUUACAAAACUUCUGGACAUAUGGUUCCUUGUUCAUUGUUACCUCCAGACACAGUUCAUCACUUCCUGCCUCAUCAUGAAGUGUUCAAGGAAGGAAAAAUACGAGUCGUAUUCAAUGCCUCUUCUGUCACUUCGUCAGGAAUUUCUCUCAAUAGCAUCCUGCAUGCGGGACCAAAACUUCACAAUGACAUCCCUAGCAUUAUCCUUGGGUUUCGUCGACAUCGUAUUGUCUUCACAUGUGACAUUCGACAAAUGUUUCGUAACAUAUGGCUGCAUCCUGAAGAUAGGAAUCUACAGUUAAUCUAUUGGAGAGACGAUCCUACUAAACCAAUGCAAGUAUUCAAAUUGUGUACCGUAACUUAUGGCAUGGCAUCGUCACCUUUCUUAGCCAACCGAGUUGUACAACAACUCAUUGAAGAUGAAAGUACAAAUCACCCAUUAGCAGCUGAUGCCCUUCGAGGACAAAUCUACGUAGAUGAUGCACUACUUGGAUCUGAAACGUUGGAAGAAGGACUACGCCUUCAGCAAGAUGUCAUUAGUUUAAUGGAGAAAGGUGGAUUUUCGCUCCGUAAAUGGGCUUCAAACAACACUCACAUCCUCAACGCCAUUCCGUCAGAACACCGAGGGACACCUUCAGAAUUCUGCUCCCAAGAUCAGCCGCUGUGUAGUGUUCUAGGCCUAAAGUGGCUUCCUGACAUUGAUGCAUUCGCUUAUGUAGUUAACUCAACUACAACGCCUUUCACUAAACGUUCAGUGUUAUCCACUAUUGCUAGAUUAUAUGAUCCUCUAGGCUUUCUUACUCCAAUCAUUUUUUGGGCCAAAGCCUUUAUGCAACUCAUUUGGACAAAAGGAAUCCAGUGGGAUGAUCCUCUCCCGUCAGAGUUAAAACUGAAAUGGUGUCAGUUCACCCAAGAACUAACCUUAGUAGAUCAGAUAUAUAUUCCUCGAUAUCUGAGUACUCAAUCAUGCAGUCAACUACAGGUACACGGAUUCUGUGAUGCCAGUGAAACUGGUUAUUGCGCCUCUGUAUAUUUAAGAGUUACUAACUCUAGUGACAGUGUUAACGUCCAUUUGCUAAUGGCUAAGUCUCGAGUUGCACCAUUAAAAAGUGUAUCUCUACCUGGACUAGAGUUAUGUGGUGCUCACAUGCUUUCGAAGCUAUUAGAUUUUGUAUGCUCUCAAUUAUUGAAGCAUUUUGAAAUCAAACAAGUUUAUGCUUGGUGCGAUGCUACAAUUGUGCUGUCAUGGAUUAAAACCCCAGCUUAUAGGCUCAAAACUUAUGUAGCAAAUAGGGUUUCCCAAAUUCAGGAAACUACUACUCCGAUCAUUUGGGCACACAUUGCCUCACAACAAAACCCUGCCGACUGCGGUUCCAGAGGUCUUAUGACGUCUCAGCUCAUCAAUCACCCUCUUUGGUGGACAGGUCCCUCUUGGCUGAACACUCCUCCACCUCAAUGGCCUCAGUCUUCAUUUUCAGUUUUACCUACAGACUCGCUACCGGAAAUAAAACCUCCUGCGAUAGACGCUUUGGUCACUACCAGCACACCAACAUGUGAAAUUUUGACGAGAUACUCAUCUUGGACGAAGCUAAUUCAUAUUGUUGCACUUAUACUAAGAUUUUUUCAUCGCUGUAAGGAUAAAAUGAGUUCGAAGAUUUGCUCAAAUCAACAGUCAAAGUCACAAAACUUAGGUGAUACAUCAACCAAUAUACCUACUACUCUAAAGGAACUUCAAGCAGCUACUACUCGUGUAAUUCUGCUAACACAGCAAGAAUCAUUUGCUUCUGAUAUUAUUAACCUGCAAAACAAGAAACCUCCUUCUAAUCAUUUGCAGAAACUUGCCCCAUUUUUGGAUGAAGCUGGACAUAUACGCCUUGGUGGUCGACUGAAAAAUGCUGCAAUAAACUUCAACGCAAAACAUCCUAUCUUGACCAAACCUAAGCUAACCCCGCCAUUCAUGGGUGACUUACCAAGUAGUCGAGUUGCUCCCACAAGACCCUUCUCUUCUUCAGCUGUCGAUUACGCUGGACCUAUUGCCGUAAAGCUACAUAACCUCAGAAGACUUCAGAAUAUUAAAGUGUACAUCUGUCUUUUUAUCUGUAUGUCUACAAAGGCUGUCCACUUGGAAAUGGUCACAGAUUUGACCUCCGAUGCCUUUAUUGCUGCUUUGAAAAGGUUCAUCUCUCGCCGUGGUAUGGUCUCCAACAUAUAUUCUGACAAUGGCAAGAACUUUGUUGGUGCUUCUCGUCAACUACAAGAAAGUUUUCAGCAGAUAGCGUUGCAAUCUCCUACACAACGAUUUUUGGAAGAUCAGCACAUCACUUUUCACUUCAUACCUCCUCAUGCUCCCCAUUUUGGCGGCAUCUGGGAACGAGCAGUUCAAAGUGUGAAGAAUCAUCUGCGACGUGUCAUUGGCGACACUUUAUUGACCUAUGAAGAGUUUAACACACUGCUUUGUCAAGUGGAAGCUAUUCUCAACAGCAGACCUCUCACUCCACUGUCUUCGGAACCUGGAGAGUUAGAAGCCCUCACCCCUGGUCACUUUCUUAGUGGUGGACCUCUCGUCUGUUUACCUGAAGCUGAUAUCUCCGAAAUACCUUCCAACCGUUUGAAGAGAUGGCAGCAGGUCAAGUCAUUUACACAACGCAUAUGGAAACGCUGGCAUAAGGAAUACCUGUUUACAUUACAGCAGCGCUCAAAGUGGGUCAAGUUUCAGAAGAAUUUGGAAGUCAAUGAUCUUGUUCUAAUUCACGAAGACAACUUACCCCCUCUACAAUGGAGACUCUGA